AUGGACGGCUUCUUCAGCGACGAGGCCCUGAGCCAGGACAGUGAAGCCCUGUUUCCCGGCCUCCUGCUUGCAGAAAGCCAAAUCAGCGACCUGGAUAUCUCUUCCAAUAAUAUCGGCUUAGAAGAACCUCCACCAGCUUCACCAGCUUCACCAAAGCCAAUACGCCGCCGCACCAUUCCGCGGUUCAAUCCCAGGAAGCGCUAUUCCGAAGUGCCGCUCCACCCGUCAUCUGACCAACACCAAUCCCGACAUCAAAAUGAGUCUUGGGAUGCCGACGCCAUCGCUAUCGACGCGGCCGAGGUCCCUCGGUGGCCCGACGAAAGCCAGCAGGACCUCGCGGAGCGCAUCAACAACCUCAGGCGCAUGAUCCACAACAACGCGCAGUUCUGCCUCGAGGUGUCGGGCAAGAUGAUUACCCUGGCCAAGGAGAACAAGCACCUGAUCGCCACGGCCGAGUCCACUCUCUCGGCCUACGUGCUACAGCCCUGCUUGAAGCUCGGCAGCUCCCUGCAGACGUACUAUCCGGGUGUGAAUGAUGGUUUACAAGCGUUGCGCGAGUACGAGACGAAUUUAAGGCGGUCGGUGGUGAAUCGGGCUAAGGGGCAGGAGAUGGCACGGAUUGGGAUGGUGGAUAAGGGGAAGAUGGGCGAGGUUAAUAGGUUGAAGGACCGGCUGGUCGAGCAGGAUGCGCUGCUGCACGAUUCGAAUAGUCAUGUCCAGAGACUUAUUCGAGAGAGGGAAUUACUAAAGAAGCAGCUGGCGGCAGGGCUUCAGGGAUUGAGGGACGGGGCUAGCUCGGUGGAUUCUGGGUCGGGGAAUAGAUAUAGCCCUCGCUAUCCUUACAGUGUCGGGCUCGACGAUGAUGGCGAUGAAGCAACUGCAGGUGGAGUAUCUGCAACCGCGUUAGCUGACCAACUGCGAGAGUUGCGCGUGCUUGUGGACCAGCUGACUCUCCAUGAAGUGUCGAGUCGUGAAAGAGAAGACAUCCUAACUGAAGGUCGUCCAGCACAAAACCGCAACGACGAUGAUGAGAACAGCGAUGAUGAUUGGACACAUUUAUAA